GGUUGACCCGAGAGACGCUCGCCGGGCGAAAACUGACCCGCUCUGGUGCAAGCGGUUUCUGUCGCACGGCGACCUCGACAUGGACAAGGCUCUCAACUUCAUGAUCGACGCUGUCAAGUUUCGAAAGGAGAUGUGUGCCAAUGACAUUUCUCUCGACACGGUGGACAACACGCUCUUCAGCAAGGGUGUCAUGUGCACCCAUGGACAGGACAAGAAGGGAUGUAGGAUCGCCAUCUUUAACGCCCGGUUCCACGAGAGGGUGUCAGGAGCGAGGUUUGAGGAUGUGAAGAAGUUCCUGGUGUUCUGGAUUGAGAAGGUGGAUAGGGAGGAGAAGGGGAAGCGGAUCAGCCUGUUCUUCGACAUGGGGAAUGCCGGCAUGUCGAACGUCGACAUUCCGUUCAUUUCGUACCUGGUCAACCUAUUUAAGUUCUACUACCCGGACAUGCUGAACAACAUCAUGGUGUUCGAGCUUCCCUUCAUCAUGACUGCCGCCUGGAAAAUCGUCAAAAACAUGCUGCCUGCGAAGUCCCACCAGCUGAUCAAAUUCGUCUCGAAGAAGGACGCGAACACGCUGGUGCCGGCCGAGUGCUUGCUAACGCGCUGGGGCGGCGAGGACAGCUGGGCGUACUCCUUCGACCCCGAGGAGUGCGCCAUGCCGCCGCUCCCCUUCCUCGGGGCUCAGGCGACCGGCGCCGAGGACAAGCCCAAGGUCAACGGGGUCGCCAACGGUCACGCCGGCGGGAAGAUGGCUAACGGGCACGUGCGCAGCAGUCAGAAGUCGUCUCAAGGUCACGAUAGCGCCGCCAAGUAUCUCAGCGUGAAAGAUCCGCCGAGCUCUCCAGAGUCGGGGCACAAGGUGCGCUUCCCUGACGACGUCAGCACAAACAGUGACGAGCUGUCCGACUCAAAACUGCAGGAAGAUAGCUCAACGGCCGAGCUAGGGAAACUGCUGGAAGUAACGCCAGGCGAACAGCUGUGGUUUGGAUCAUCCAAGACCAAGCAGACGAUAACGCUGAGCAACAUCCGAAGAGCUGGAGUCGCCUUUAAGGUGAAGACCACGUCUCCGGACAAGUUCCGCGUGCGUCCCAGCAGCGGGGUGGUACCCACCGGGCGGCGCGUGGUGGUGGAGCUGGAGCUGUGUGACGGCGUCACACCGCAGCACGUCGUCACGGACCGCUUCCUCAUCCUGGCGGCCGGCGUACCGCACGAGCGCGUGCCUGCCCGCGACAUGGGACGCCUCUGGAGGAGCCUGCCCAGCGGAGACAAGCUGGAGCACUGCCUGCGCUGCGCGGCCGCGCCCGCGCUCAACGACCCGCUGAUGGCGCUGGUGCGCGGCCUCGGCACCCGGCUGGAGGCCGUCAGCCAGCGGCUGGAGAAGCAGCAGCAGCUGGCUACAGAGACGGAGCAGCAGUACGCCAAGACGCGCCGCCGGCUGGGCGUGGCGCUGGCGCUCAUCGCCGCCACAGCCGUCGCCAACCUGUGUCUGGCGCUCACCGUGACCAGGUGUUGAACUCCUUGGCCGUCACUGUUGGCCAGCAAGCGGUGAGAAGGCCGCCGCGGGAGCGAGCCAAUCCAGACGAACCAUGUGGGUUGGUCGCCACACCGGCAACCCACGCUCCGAAUGUCGUCGAAGGCAGGCCAAUCCACCAGUCGACGCCGUGAAGCCGUUCUUACCUCAGAAAUGUUACCCCGGGCUGUGGUCGGUCCAAGAGAAACCAAAGGGCAGAGCUGGCGUGCAAUCAAACAUAGGAUAGCAAGUCAGAAGUCUGUGGGAGCAUCUGCUUUUUGGUAGCGGAGGCCGCGCUCCCGUCUGGCGCAGGCUGGUUGGGCUACCAGUGUCACGAGUGCCAGAGCACGUACUCUGACCGGUGGUGUGCGUGCUUCCAAGUGUUCAGCUCAGACAUUUAGCUGCUGAUCACACGCGUGUGUGACAUCAGAUCUUAAGGUGCCAGCUGUCGUCGUCAGGAAGUUCAACGUGUUGGCUGGCCGUUAGUGACGUCUUUGAUCGUACCGAUGGAGUGGCGGCUCGGGAGAAAGCCAACAAAUAUAUGAAUCAUACAA